AUGCUUCCACAAGGCUUCCAUGUAGUGGAUCCAUCCACUCAGUGGAGACAGACCAAGCCGUGGGCUGCGACUUCUGAGAUGAGCCAAGAGGUUGAAGUCACCGAGUCGUCGGCCCGCACAAAGGAAAAGGGGACGACGACGACGACGACGACGCCUGGAGGGAAUCGAGAAAACAGCAGCCGUGGAGCAGGACGCGUUCCGGCGGAUCCCAUGAAAAUCAUGAAUUCGUGGCAUCAGGCGACAUGCCGCUUUUGCGUGGCUUAUGGUUUUAUGGCAAGGCUGUCCCUCGCAUUCGUCGCCUUUCGAAGCGCAGCACGACAUGGCAUGAUGGCGCGAUUGCGCCCGUCUUCUCCGGCGGAGCACACGGCGGUGGCAGGGUUGCCAGGAUGA